AGAAGCUCUAAGGAAGUGAUCUGCCCUGGGGUAGGGGUUAAAGUUAGGGGUGGGGUGGGCAGUGGGACUCCCACAAAAAGCAGGCAGCCCUCCUCCCUGCAGGAUCCAGUCGCCUGUCCUUAAAUGUGCUGCUCAUAGAGGUGUGAUGCUCUUCUCUCCCUGCAGCAAGGCACCAAGCUUUCCCCAAUUUUUAACUUGGCCAAUGCACUCAUUGAUGACUAGAUGGACAGCACUCAGUCCAUCCUCCAGCACCAGUCCUCUGCUCUUUCUCUUCUGUCCACCCUAGGUCUCCUCAGAUCCUGCUGUCAUGGAAAACGUCCCCCCGAGCCCUAAUGGGAGCCUGAAGUCCCCCCCAUCCAAGGAGCUGCUGACCAGCAACACGGCCAGCACACUGUGCAUCAGCUCCCGCAGUGAGUCUGUCUGGACCAACACCUCCAGGAGCAAGUGGGACAUCUACCACAAGCCCAUCAUUGUCAUGUCCGUCGGAGCAGCCAUCUUCCUCUUCGGGACAGUCAUUACCACCUUGUCGUGCUUUGAAAUCAAGAACAGUGAGGUGUACAAAAUGUGCGGCCCUGCUUUCCUGUCCAUGGGACUGAUGCUCCUUGUCUGUGGCCUCGUCUGGAUCCCCAUCAUCCGCAAGAAGCAGAAGCAGAGGCAGAAGUCACAGUUCCUGCAGAGCCUCAGGUCCUUCUUUUUCAACCGUUGAGCACCUCCCAGGAAGGCUCCCACCCCACUCCUCACAUUAGCCGUGAAAAGAAGUGUUCUUGUGUACUCUCCUAGAGGAAUUUAUCCCAGUCCCUUCCCUAUAAGACAGAACAUGCUGUACCGUCCCCAGCAUGAAAGUGAACUUUGUAUCUUGCCCAGGGAGCCCCAGAAAAAAAGAGAUCAGGACUUGAUGGUGAGCCCAGUGCCCCACAUCACCUCACCAUGCAGUGGCCAACCCAACAUGUGCCAUGCAAUGGCCAAACCAACACAUGAAGGGGAAAGCAGAGCUUCUGGCAGCCUCUGUCAGCAGCUUUUGUAGGGCACAGCAAUGGAGAGGAGCCAACUCAUCACGGUGUGGGUAAAGGUGCUGUGAGCACUGGGCUUCACGUCUGGAAAAUAGAAGGUCCAAGGAGGUAUCUCCAGAGUUACAGAGAGGGGCAGCAGGACAGCGUGGUCCCAGAUCUCUUCACAGCAAAGGCCACCAGGAUGGGCAACACAUGUCACCAAAGCUUGGGAAGAUCAGACAUGGGUUCCACGGCCAGGAA